AUGCGGUUCCGAAGCCAGCUCACCAAUGUGGGCACGUUUGCAAAACUUGCUGCCUCUCUCAACUCCUUGGGAAAGAUCUGCUGGGUGAGGCUGGAACGGGAAACAGUACACUUUACUAUCAUUCCCGACCAAGGAACACAGGUCUGGGCUGUGUUACCGGCGGAAGCCAUUUUUGAUGAAAGUUAUGUGCUUGAAGCUGCGGCCGGCGCCGUCAAUCUCGAGGUUCCUAUUGCCGCACUUUCGCGUGCUCUCCGAUCUGCAAUUGGCGACAAGUCUGCCCAGCUACGGUUGACUCGGAAAGGCAACGUACCUCUCCUUGCCCUGACCGUCGUCUCAUCCUCAUUAGUUCCAGGAAAUAUUCCUGUAGGCCCUGAGGUUGAUGAGUUUGGUGCAGUUGAGCAUGAUCAAAGUCAGUCAGCCACGCGAGCUAGUGCUCCUCGUGAGCGCGAAACAGUAAUCACUCAGGAGAUACCAGUUAAAGUGUUGCACCAAUCUGCGGUUGAAAGCUUACAUGAGCCCCGCUGCCGAGACCCGGACGUUCAUAUCAUCUUACCGAAUCUAGCACAGUUAAAGGCAAUUUCAGAUCGCUUCACGAAACUCGCAACGAGUAGUAGCAAAUCCAAUGGAGGAGCAUCGCUGGCGUCUGGCACAACGGGGCCAAAAUUGGAACUGAGCGCAAAUAUGCAUGGGUCACUCAAGAUCGGGAUUGCAACGGACUCAUUGCGGAUAUCCAGUGUCUGGACAGGGUUGACCAAUCCACCGCUUGAUCCCAGACAGAUGCAGGGUACAGAAUUGGACCAGCUUCCUAGUGAGCGGAUGAGACAGCUGGGUAAUUCGGCUGAUGAUGACGGUGAAGUUGGUUGGGCUAAAGUAAGAAUUGAUGGGAAAGAUUGGGGGAGGGUACUCAGCGUGGGUAGACUGAGCCCCAAAGUCGUGGCUUGUUUUAUACACGAGACAGCCUUGAUACUUUAUGUCUAUUUACGCGGUGGACUUUCCGGAGAAGAGUCGUGUCUAACGUACUAUAUCAACUCUUAUUCAACCUGA